AUGGAGCUGGAGAGCUCUGAACAGCCCGUGGUUCUGAGAGAGGACCACGGGCGCCGGCGCCGGAGGAUGAAGCCGCGCAGCCCCGCGGCCAGCCUGUCCUCCAUGGAGCUCAUCCCCAUCGAGUUCGUGCUGCCCACCAGCCAGCGCGACAGCAAGACACCGGAGACGGCGCUGCUGCACGUGGCGGGCCACGGCAACGUGGAGCAGAUGAAGGGCCAGGUGUGGCUGCGCGCGCUGGAGACGAGCGUGGCCGCAGACUUCUACCACCGCCUGGGCCCGGACCACUUCCUCCUGCUCUACCAGAAAAAGGGGCAGUGGUACGAGAUCUACGACAAGCACCAGGUGGUGCAGACGCUGGACUGCCUGCGCUACUGGAAGCUGCUGCACAGGAGCCCGGGCCAGAUCCACGUGGUCCAGCGGCACGCGCCCUCUGAGGAGACGCUGGCCUUUCAGCGGCAGCUCACCGCCCUGAUUGGCUAUGACGUGACGGACGUCAGCAACGUGCACGACGACGAGCUGGAGUUCACGCGCCGGCGCCUGCUGACCCCACGCAUGGCGGAAGUGGCCAGCCGCGACCCCCGGCUGUACGCCAUGCACCCCUGGGUGACGUCCAAGCCCCUGCCGGAGUACCUAGCGAGGAAGAUCACCAACAACUGCAUCUUCAUCGUCAUCCACCGCAGCACCACCAGCCAGACCAUCAAGGUCUCGGCCGACGACACGCCUGGCAACAUCCUCCAUAGCUUCUUCACCAAGAUGGCAAAGAAGAAGUCCCUGAUGGACAUCCCGGAGAGCCAAAGCGAACAGGAUUUUGUGCUGCGCGUCUGCGGCCGGGACGAGUACCUAGUGGGUGAAACGCCCAUCAGAAAUUUCCAGUGGGUGAGGCAGUGCCUGAAAAAUGGCGAAGAGAUUCACCUGGUGCUGGACGCGCCCCCGGACCCAGCCCUGGACGAGGUGAGGAAGGAAGAGUGGCCCCUGGUGGAUGACUGCACGGGAGUCACCGGCUACCACGAGCAGCUGACCAUCCACGGCAAGGACCAUGAGAGCGUGUUCACCGUGUCGCUGUGGGACUGUGACCGGAAGUUCAGGGUCAAGGUCAGAGGGAUCGAUAUCCCGGUCCUGCCGCGGAACGCCGACCUCACGGUUUUCGUGGAGGCAAACAUCCAGCACGGGCAGCAAGUGCUUUGCCAAAGGAGAACCAGCGCCAAGCCCUUCACGGAGGAGGUGCUCUGGAACGUGUGGCUGGAGUUCAGUAUCAAAAUCAAGGACUUGCCCAAGGGCGCGCUUCUGAACCUGCAGAUCUACUGCGGCAAGGCGCCCGCGCUGUCGGGCAAGGCCUCCGCCGACACUCCCGGGGCAGAGUCCAAGGGCAAGGCUCAGCUGCUCUAUUACGUGAACCUGCUGCUGAUAGAUCAUCGCUUCCUCCUGCGCCACGGCGAGUAUGUGCUCCACAUGUGGCAGAUAUCGGGCAAGGCAGAAGACCAGGGGAGCUUCAAUGCUGACAAGCUCACGUCUGCCACCAACCCCGACAAAGAGAACGCCAUGUCCAUCUCCAUUCUGCUGGACAAUUACUGCUACCCAAUAGCUUUGCCUAAGCAUCGACCCACCCCUGAUCCUGAAGGGGACCGGGUUCGAGCCGAAAUGCCCAACCAGCUUCGCAAGCAGCUGGAGGCAAUCAUAGCCACGGAUCCACUUAACCCGCUCACAGCAGAAGACAAAGAGCUGCUGUGGCAUUUUAGAUACGAGACCCUGAAGCAUCCGAAAGCGUAUCCUAAGCUGUUUAGCUCGGUGAAAUGGGGACAGCAAGAAACUGUGGCCAAAACAUACCAGUUGUUAGCCCGACGGGAGGUCUGGGAUCAAAGUGCUUUGGAUGUCGGGUUAACAAUGCAACUCCUGGACUGCAACUUUUCGGAUGAGAAUGUAAGAGCCAUUGCAGUUCAGAAACUGGAGAGCUUAGAAGAUGAUGAUGUCUUGCAUUACCUUCUGCAGCUGGUCCAGGCCGUGAAAUUUGAACCAUACCAUGACAGUGCCCUGGCCAGAUUUCUGCUGAAGCGUGGUUUAAGGAACAAAAGAAUUGGUCACUUCUUGUUUUGGUUCUUGAGAAGUGAGAUAGCCCAGUCCAGACACUAUCAGCAGAGGUUCGCCGUGAUCCUGGAAGCCUAUCUGAGGGGCUGUGGCACAGCCAUGCUGCACGACUUGACCCAACAAGUCCUUGUAAUCGAGAUGUUACAAAAAGUCACCAUUGACAUUAAAUCACUCUCUGCUGAAAAGUAUGACGUCAGUUCCCAAGUUAUUCUACAACUUAAGCAAAAACUUGAAAAUCUACAAAAUUCUAACCUCCCGACGAGUUUUAGAGUUCCAUACGACCCUGGAUUGAAAGCAGGAACACUGGUGAUUGAGAAAUGUAAAGUGAUGGCCUCCAAGAAAAAGCCCCUGUGGCUCGAGUUUAAAUGUGCCGAUCCCACAGCCCUUUCAAAGGAGACCAUUGGAAUUAUCUUUAAACAUGGUGAUGAUCUACGCCAAGACAUGCUUAUUUUACAGAUUCUACGAAUCAUGGAGUCCAUCUGGGAAACAGAAUCUUUGGAUCUGUGCCUCUUGCCAUAUGGUUGCAUUUCAACUGGUGACAAAAUAGGAAUGAUCGAGAUCGUGAAAGACGCCACGACCAUCGCCAAAAUUCAGCAAAGCACCGUGGGCAACACAGGCGCCUUUAAGGACGAAGUCUUGAACCACUGGCUCAAGGAAAAAUGCCCAAUUGAGGACAAGUUUCAGGCAGCAGUGGAGAGAUUUGUUUAUUCCUGUGCAGGCUACUGUGUGGCAACCUUUGUUCUUGGAAUAGGCGACAGACACAACGACAAUAUUAUGAUCUCCGAGACAGGAAACCUAUUCCAUAUCGACUUCGGGCACAUUCUUGGGAACUACAAAAGUUUCCUGGGCAUUAAUAAAGAGAGAGUGCCAUUUGUGCUAACCCCAGACUUCCUGUUUGUGAUGGGAACUUCUGGAAAGAAGACAAGUCCACACUUCCAGAAAUUUCAGGACGUCUGUGUCAAGGCCUAUCUCGCCCUUCGCCAUCACACAAACCUGCUGAUCGUCCUCUUCUCCAUGAUGCUGAUGACCGGGAUGCCCCAGCUAACAAGCAAAGAAGACAUCGAGUACAUCCGGGACGCCUUAACGGUGGGGAAGAGUGAGGAGGACGCCAAGAAGUAUUUUCUUGAUCAGAUUGAAGUUUGCAGAGACAAAGGGUGGACUGUGCAGUUUAACUGGUUCCUGCACCUUGUGUUGGGCAUCAAACAAGGAGAGAAGCAUUCAGCCUAA